AUGCUUCAUCCUAGUUUUCAACAAAAAAAUAAACAAAUCGAAAGCCAAUCGCAAAUUCUUCAAGCAGAACGUCUAAAUUUAGAAGCAAUCUUAGAAUCAAAGGAUGAUUAUAUUAAUAAUCUGGAAAAAGCUAAUGAGAACUUAAAGAAGAAUGUUAUCAAAUGUCAUUCGGCUUUGGGUGAUAUUAUAAAUGCAACAAGCUUUCAUCUAGGAAGUCAAAAUUCCAACAGUGCCGUUCAAUUUUCAGAAGACAUCUAUGCUUUGCAUAGUAAUUUAGAGAAAUUUUGUCGACUUAAAAGAGGUGUAGAAAUUAAUGAAUCGGAAGUGAAAGUACUCUUGGAAAAAAAUGGUUGUUCAAUCUCUGGCAAUAUGCGUAAUAGUAAAUUUAAACAUAUGAUUUCUAGUAUAUUAGAAAGGCACGUGAUCGAAAACGUCAUUGAAAAGACCAAAGAAUAUUUUGAUAAACAAAAGAAUGAUGUAGGUGACGAAAGUCAACAGCAUAGAUUAGAAGAGCAAAUAGUUAAUGGAACUGAGAAGCUGUUGAAGUUGAUAGAAUCAAUUUCAAAAAAUCGUGCUGGAGAUGAGAAGGUUAGCAAAGCUACUUCAACGAAAAUACGUCAACAAAUUUAUGGUGUUCUUGGAAAUCGCGGAUUUUCCAAUAUUAUUAUUGACAAAGAAGAUAAAGUACAUCCAUUGAUUGUAAAUUUACGUAAAGAUAUUACAAGUUUAAUGAAUAAAUAUCGUACUAUAAAAAUUCAGGAAAAAUUGCUAGACAAUGAAAUGUUGACGGAUCAAAUCGUUAGACAAAUUGUUAAUAUAUUUUUUUUCGGAAUAAAAGUGCAAGAACCUAUUGCCGAGUGGAAGUUUUUUGAAAAAAACACAAAGGUCAAUAAUUUAAUAAUGUAUGCAGCUUGGGACGAAGAGGAACUUGAAAACUCAUAUGUUGACGCUUGUUCGUUUCCGAUAUUCGGGUUUAAUCUUUGUGAAGCUGAAAAAGCUGAUAAAAUAUUGAAAGUGAUAUUUCAGGCACAAAUUAUACCUGGCAAUACAUUAAAAGAUAAAUAG